GCCGUCCAGCUUUCGCUCCUUCACUCGCUGAGGGAGGGCAACACGGUAGCUGGAAUUGCAAUUUUUGGAAUAAAAUUUCCGCGAGGAAGGUGGCUGCCGGGUCUUGCGGGUAGCGGUCUUGCAUCGGCAUUGUCAGCUGUGAGGGGCCCAGUAUUGACCUCCCCACUCCAAAAAAACAUGUCUCAGUGGCAACAGAUCCAGAAGUUGGAGAGACCUCAUUUGGAGCUUGUGCACGACCUCUACUCUGAUGACUGCCUGCCCAUGGAAGUACGAGAGUACCUAGCCUAUUGGAUUGAAGAGCAGAAAUGGAGCCAAGCAGCGCAGUCGGAUCCCUCACAGGCUUGCUGCCUUUUCCACACCAUGCUGGCUCUACUGGAUGAUCAGCUGGGACGUCUUGUUUUGGGGGAAGAGAACAACUCCAACAUGGUACACAAACACAACCUGCGCUGCUCCAAACUGAACCUACAGGCCAAGUAUCAAGAUCAACCAGAGCAGCUGGCCAGCAUAAUUGACAGCCUGCUGAGAAAGGAGAAAGCAAUUCUCUCAGCAGCCUUGGCUACAUCACAGACAAGGGUGGAGCCACCACCUGAUGCCUCUCUGGUCUCCAGCCAGCAGCACAACAUUGAGGGUCGGCUAAUGGAGUUGCAAAGGACAAUUCAGGGUCUGAAAUGUUCCACAGAUCAACUUGAGGAUCUGCAGGACAUCUUUGAUUUCCGUUUCAGGACGCAGAAGAUUUUGGAAAGUACAGCCUCUGCUGCCGCCCCCGCCCCCAGAAGACAUCAGGAGUUGCAAGUCAUGCUAAACAACAUGGACUGUUGCCGCAAGGUGAAUCUGGGCACCGCUGCCCAGCACAGCAAUGUGGUCUUGGGGCUCAUGAGAGAACUGCUGGCCCAGAUCCAGGAGAUGCUGGGCCGCUCUGCCACUCUGAGAGAGCUUCUGCUGGCAGAGCUAGCUGUGUGGCAAGAUCGGCAGCGGCAGGCGUGUCUUGGGGCCACUUGUGAUACCAGCUUAGCAGAACUGGAGAAGUGGUUCACAGGGAGCGCGGAGGUCCUCUUCCAAUUGUUGCAGCUGUUGAAGACCCUGGAGGAGCUGCGUCAAAAAGUGUCCUACGAGCCAGAUCCCCUGAUAGUCGAGUUGCCCCAGCUGGAAGAACGGCUACAAGAGCAGAUUUUCUGCCUUUUGAAAAGUGCAUUUGUGGUGGAGGUUCAGCCUCACAUGCCCUUGCCCAACCACCGGCCUCUGGUGCUGAAAACCAGCAACAAGUUCUCUGUCCGUGCCAGGCUCCUGGUGAAGCUCCUGGAUCGAAACCACCCGAUGGAGGUGCAGAUUGAGAUUGACAGGAAUGCUGCUAAUCUGGGAGGGUUUCGGAGGUUCAACAUCUUGUCGUCAACCACGAAAACCAUGGUGAUGGACCGGCCCCAAGUUGCGGGGCUCAUUUGUGACUUCAAGUACAAUAUGCUGAAAGAGCAGAAAAGCUGCGGCUCGGGCAAAGGCAAGGGCGGCAAAGGGCUCAACGAGGGAUUGUUGCCUGUCACAGAGGAGCUGCACAUCAUUACUUUCACCCUGGACUACUGCUACCAAGAUUUUAAGUGCCAGCUGCAGACAUCCACCUUGCCUGUGGUGAUCAUCUCUAACAUCAACCAGAUGUCCAGUGCUUGGGCCUCUAUCUUAUGGUUCCUCAUGGUCAAUCCAAACUCAAUGAAUCAGCUGUUUUUCAACAGUCCACCAGCUGCCACCUGGGAUCAGCUGUCUGCUGUCCUGAGCUGGCAGUUCCAAGCUGCUACUGAGCGAGGGCUAAACAUGGAUCAACUCAAGAUGCUGAGAGAGAAACUCUGUGGACCAAAUGCAACGCUGCAGAGUACAAUCACUUGGGCCCAGUUUGCUAAGGACAUGACUGCUGGUUUCUCCUUCUGGACCUGGAUUGAUGGGGUCUUGCUCCUGGUUAAGGAGCACCUGCUGCAACUCUGGAAGAAUGAGCUCAUCAUGGGAUUUGUGAGCCGCAAGCGUGAGAGGCAUUUGCUGAAGAGGAAGAAGGCAGGCACCUUCUUGCUGCGUUUCAGUGAGAGCAUCCCAAAUGGUGGCAUCACAUGUACCUGGGUGAACUACGAUGAUGAAGGUUCCCCCAAGUUCCAAUCAGUGGAGCCCUAUACCAAGGAUGAGCUCAAGGUCAUACCACUGCCUGACAUCAUUCGUGACUAUCAGCUCCUGGCUAAGGAAGUCAACCCUGAGAACCCACUCCAGUACCUCUAUCCUGACAUUCCCCGAGAUGAAGCUUUUCGUCCUUAUUACAGUGAACGCCGGGAAGCGGACCUGAUGGAACAGAGGCUAUACCUGAACCGCCGCCUGAUCAGAGUCUCCUCUAGGCAAUCAGAAGAGGUCCAAGCUCCUGAGCUGAAUGGUUUACACCAUGCAAACAAUGAGCUCUUACAUAAUGAUAUGAUGGAGGGAUUAGAGCACGGCCUUGGAGGUCUUCUGUUUGACAGGCAAGAUCCUUUUCUUCCACCACCAGGUGAGGAUCCGCAGUUGCCACAGGUGCCUGCUGGCCUGUUUGUGCCACCUGAUGUGUUCCCAGAGCUGUAUGUAGAUGAAAGAGAUUUCCAUUAGACUCCUAUGUUACCAUCACUGCUCCCACUUGAAAAGACAAGCUAUCGUCAUCUUGGAAAUAGAACGCUUCCGCAAGAUGGAUGAUGAUGGAUAAAGAUGGAUAAUGAUUUCUGGCAAGAUGGACACCUAAGACUGCGGCUCUUUUGCCAUCCAACUGCCUAAUGGUUUUCCUUCUGCUCCAGGGCAGAGCAGAGCUUUCUUACUAAUCAACUCAAGGAGGAUGCUGAACCAGCCUGAAAAUUUGAGCCUUCAUGAUUACUCUGAACAUUCAACUGGAGUGAUAUGCUGGGGACUUGGUGGGGAGGGAGCCUAAUCAAGGUUGUAUGGACCAUUAGAGUUAUCCUGAUUUGGUUGUUAGGUACAAAAUGAGAAGAGAAGAGUUUUGAGUUGGGAAGGGGUAUCACUGUUGCCUAUAUGUGCCUGCCAGCUCAACCGGUAUAUAUGUAAAUAAUCUUCACCGUUCUGUAUGAGCAAUUGACCUGUCAAGCUGCUCUGGAACGUCCUGUCACUUGGAGUAGUGGAGAGGGCAAACCAAACUGUAACCUGGUAUAUGCAAGAAAAGAUAGUCAUUGCAUCCAUAUUAGCCCUUUUCUCUGGCACUUCAAUCCUUUCAUUCAGUCUUCUUUUUACAGACCAUCCUAUUAAUGUCAUUAUCAAAUUGUUGCAGUCCAGUGUGUUCUGCCUUGUCCUCCCAUGUUUUUUCAGACCUGAGUUGUGGCAGGAUUGUUGUGAUUUUUGUUUGUUUUUUUGCAAUAAGAUGCAGUUGCAAGACCAGCUUGUCCAGUGUGGGUUGGCAAAGCUCUGUUGAGUCUGCAAAGACUGGAGUGGGGAACCUGCAGCCCUCCCAAUGUUGCUGGACUACAAUCACUGCGGGCUACUGUUCAUUGGUACUGGUAGAGUGGAGGGCAGGUAGCUCAAACAGUAGGUGGAGCCAGUGCCAAUGACAGGCAAAGCCAACUAAUUCUAGUUUUGUCCUCAUCCUCUUCCCUGCUGAGUUCUACAAGGGCAGCACGUGAGACUAAGGAAGAGGAAGAAGCUGGACUCAUUAUAAGAAGGAAGACAGGCACGUGGAGGCUGACUGGGUGCAGACUGAGGCUGGUGGGGCAGUGUCCUGUUUGCUCUAGUGGACCAAUCUCCACUGACUACAACUCCCCUCAUGCCUGAGCAUUGGCCAUGCUGGCUGGGAUUGAUGGAGCCCAGCAACAUCUGGAGGACUGAUAGGUUUCCCACCUCUGUUUUAAGAUCUCCUUUGUCUUCCUGUUGCCAAGUUCUGCCCAUUUUUAUUUUUUCCCGUUGGUCCUGGCUAAGGGAUUAGUGAUGGAUUGUAUGUUAACUGCUCUUUGGAUAGUACUCUCUCAGAGCUCCUCUAGACAGCCUCUUUAUUGAACUUUUAUCCUGAUUUGCUUGUGGUGGUUCAAUUGUAUCUGGUGGGUUUUUUUAGGUGAUUCAUUCUGAUUGGUUUAUGGGGCGGUGUAUUACAGUGAGGAUUCAUGCUG